AUGAGUGAACAGGAAGUGAUUUACUCAACCCUGAGAUUUCUUCAGUCUCCUUCAGAGUCACAGAAUAGGCCGAAGGCUGAUAGUGUUCAAAGGUCUAAGAACACUGAUAAUAAAGGGUUUUCUUUGCCCUGGCACCUCCUUGCAGCGUCUCUCGGGAUCCUCUGUUUGCUUCUGUUGGUGACAGUCAUAGUCUUGGGGCUAAAGGUUUUUCAGCAUGUUCAAGAAAGACAUCAACUGGAGGAAAUUCUCCAAAGCCUUAGUAUCAAGUGCGACAUGAUAAAAAAUGACAGCUAUGUGAAGGAGCAGCUUUUGACAAAUAAGACUUUAGAAUAUGAUCUUCUCAAAAAUGAAACCCUGCAGCAGAAAAAAGAACUGAACUCAGGCAAAUAUAAUUAUAUUCAUGAAAAAAAUAUAUGUCAGAGAAAGAAUAUUUCAAUGACUUCACAAAAUAAAGACAAACCCAGAAAUGAAUUCUGGUCUUGUUGUGGUGAGAAGUGCUAUUAUUUCAGCAAAGAACGUGAAAAGUGGAGAAGAUGUGAAGAGAUUUGUAGAAAAUAUAAUUCAUUUCCUUUGAAGAUAGCUGGUGAAGACGAACUGAGGUUUAUUCAAGCCCAGGUAUUUACAGAGUACUACUGGAUUGGAUUAACAUAUGAUGAUAGGAAAAAUAAAUGGAAGUGGUUUGACAACACUGAUUAUUCUGGAAUUGAUUCAGAUGGCAAGACAUCACUGCCUUCGGGAGGAAAAUGUGCCUGUGUAACUGCAACAAGACUAGAAACUAUGGACUGCUUUAGUUCCUACAAUUGUGUCUGUGAGAAGAGAAUUACGUUUCAUCCGCAUUGGUAGUUAAGGACAGGGCUUAUUCCUGGUUCUGUGCUCGGGGAUGAGUCCUGGUGGGUCGUGGAGAACCAUAUGGGAAGCCGUGGAUCGAACCUGAUUGGCCUCGUUCGAGGCAAGAGCCCUACAGUGCUCUUCCUCUGAGCUCAUCUUUCCUGUUGUAACAUAUUCGUAUCCUGUGGGACUGAUACAUCCCAAUUCAUUCAUUCAUCUAUGGCUAGUUGGUAUAUCUCCAGUUU